AUGGAUGGACCUGUUCGAAAGAUGCCAAGUCGUCGCGCACAGACUUCUCCGGAUAUUCCAAUCAAUUCAACCUGUUUUAUUCCUGAUUUCUUCAAAUCGGAUGAAAAGCAUAAACUGAAGCAAAAGGCGAAAAAUUACCUGCGCCGAAAUGCAGUUCGAUCUUUUGGCGGAAUUAAGUGCAAAUUUCACAAUUGCGGUGAAUGUGAACUACCAGAGGACGUAUCAGUUCCUGAUUUAUCGAUAUGUUCUGAUGUUGCCACCGUUACCACUGCUGCUGUUGUUGGUGACAAUGGUCGCCUUAUACCGUCAACAGCUAGUGACACUCGGUGUUAA